CGUUGUAUUGUGAAAGCGAUUUCUUACAAUCCUGAGUCAUGGUCAUGUCAUAACUUCCAGCAUUCCAUGACCGCAUUAAUUGGUUGGACUUUGAAAGAGUACAUGAUUCGUGAUAACCUCGCUUUCGUUCAGCUGCGCACGAAGAAAUGCACGCAAUGACGGAGGUAGUGGUGGCCGUCGACGAGGAACAGUUACUUUCUCGGAUCUCUAAUCUUAUCGCUCGCGCCGCCGACGACGCGAUCUCGCGCGACGAUCAGAUCUUUCGUUUUGGCGUCUCAGGCGGUUCAGUAGUACAACUACUAGCCAAGUCUCUGCCCAACAUUGCAACCAACUGGAGCAAAUGGCGCUUCUUUUUCUGCGACGAACGAAUAGUGUCUUUAGAGGACUCCGAGUCAAAUUUUGGCCUUUACAAAAGUUGUUUAAUCGGAAAAGUGCCUAUUACUGAGGACCAAUUCAUAAAGAUUGAUCCAGAACUGAAUGCCGAGAACGCGGCGAAGGAUUACAUUAAAAAAAUGGCCUUCUUCUUCCCGCCGGACAGAUUACCGAGAUUCGAUUGCCUGCUGUUAGGCAUGGGUCCAGAUGGACACACAUGCUCACUCUUUCCGGGUCAUCGGGCCCUUGAUGAUGAGAACAUGUGGGUCACAUGGGAAUUAAACGCGCCGAAACCGCCACCCAGUAGAAUUAGCCUCACCAUGCCGGUCAUUAAUAACGCACGCAUGUGCGUGUUUAUUGUUACUGGUGCUGGCAAAGCCGAGAUCGUCAAAAGAGUCUUGAGAGAUAAGGAAGAUUUACCAGCUACCAGAGUGGAACCGGUUGAUGGCACUCUUUUCUGGCUGCUUGACCAAGAAGCGGGUAGGCUACUCAACUCAGACUGAAAUGUGAGGUGGGAUAGCAUAAGAUUAUUAAUAUACAAGAAUACACCGAUUUUACGACAUUCUAUUAUAUAUUAUGAUCGUCUUAUAACUCUAUCGUUUCUUUAAAUUUUUCUUUAACUCUAUAUUUUAAUGUGUUUCUUCGUUAUAAUUUACUGUUAAAGUCGAUAAAAUAUGAAUAAGCGUUACAUGCUCGUACCAAAGGCGUGCGAAAAUGACUCGUGAGAAAAUUGAAAAUUCAAUUUUCAACUGAUAUUGCUCAAUAUUGUCGUUUGUAUAAAAAAUGUGUAAAUUGUUAUUGUCGUAAUUCAAGCUGCAUAUUGUAAAAAGAUAAUGUUUAAUAAGAAAGUAAUAAAAAUUUUUUGUAUCCCCAACAAAAUAUUUAAUUUAAUAAGAGAGAGAAUAAAAUGUAAGGAAGUAAUUGAUUUCCUUAAUCUAUUUUCUCUUUUAUAAAAAGGGAUUUAAAAAAUAUUAAUAAACUAAGAUAUAGAAUUCAAAUUAACUUUUUAUUAUAAAUAUUUGGAAGUAUCGUUUUACAAUGCUUCUUUUUUUAAGGGAAAAGACUAAAUUAAAUCUAAAAAAUUUGAUUUAAUAAAUACCAGAUUUCCAUAUCUAAAAUAGGCUCAAAAGGAGUAAAAUUCUGAUCUACUUCGACUAAGAAUUCCCCAUUCUUGCCCA